CGAGACGAGGAAGCCCCAAUCACUUGGUCAUCGUUUCAAUCAUUCAACCGCUCAAAAUAUGACAAUAUCUGGUUGCGGGCAUUGUCACUGAGCAUUUAGUUCGCACGUGUCAUCGCUACUCUUCUUUUGGCAAAGACACACAGCUAUACUCACUCGUCUCUCUCGUUGGCGUGAAAAAGCAGACGAGUAAGAGUGACAAGAUCAACCGCUCGUCGGAAAUCAUGGCCCAGCUGUUGGCUUCCAGCAUCAGCACUUGGAUCUGGAUCGGCACGCUCUGCCUGACUGCCACAGCGCCUUUGAUUGCUGCGGGUCGUGUGCAUUCGGACAGCCCUAGUUUAGGGUUUGAACCGGAGUUCACGGAAAGCAUGACCAACGUGACAGUUGCCACUGGCCGAGACGCGGUGCUCAGCUGCAGCGUCACCAAUCUUGGUGGCCACAAGGUCGGCUGGGUGAAAGCCGACACCAAAGCCAUCCAAGCCAUCCACUUGACGGUCGUGACGCACAAUCCACGCGUCUCGGUCGAGCACGUCGGCUCCAAUCAGUGGAAAUUGAUCAUCAAGAACGUACGGAAGGACGACGCCGGUUUCUAUAUGGCACAAAUUAACACCGAUCCGAUGAAGAGUCAGGUGACUUACCUUGACGUGACAGAACCACCGGACAUUAUCGACGAGCGGACGCCCGGAGAAAUUCGCGUUCGGGAGAACGAGGCGGUCAAGUUGACAUGCGAGGCCAGAGGUAACCCCGCGCCGCGCAUCACGUGGAAACGUGAAGACGGCCACGAUUUGCAUCUGACCUCCCGGGACGAACACAAAGGCGCUGGAGGAUCUUUUCGGAAUAGAAGUCACGGCAGUCCGGCUGUGUACAGCGUCGAAGGGGAGACAUUGAGGAUCACCCAUGUGUCUAAACGCCAUAUGGGCGUUUACUAUUGCAUCGCAUCCAACGGCGUUCCGCCGUCCGUUAGUAAACGAGUCGCCGUGACUGUUUUGUUCGCUCCGACGGUAACGGUGGACAAUCAAAUUGUGGGCGUGCCUUUGGGGACAAACGUGACUCUCGGUUGUGUAGUCGAGUCAUCGCCAAAAUCGAUCAACGUCUGGUACAGGGAAGACAAGAUGAUCGCCAAUAGCAGUCGGUUGGGUUACGAAGAGAAGAUCGAAUCGUCUUAUCGUGUCCGCAUGAUCCUGACAAUAUCGCAUUUUCGCAAAACGGACGUUGGCAAGUACGAGUGUAGGUGCAGGAACGAGCACGGCGAGGCUGAAGGCACCGUCAAACUGCACGACUUGAGGCCGUUGAUUACGACGACGACGACGACCCCGCUACCUAUUUUCAUGAUGGGUGAAAAUGAUAUUUAUCCGUUGAUUGUCGGCACGACGGCGUGGACGCUCGUUUCGCAGCGCGAUCGCGUCUUGACCACCACUGGCCGGCCUCGAUACACGGCCGUCGAUUUCCCGACGCAGCCGAUCGGAGAUGCCGAAUUCCUACCGUCCGGAUCGGCUAGCAGCAACAAUCACAACCGACACGGUCAUGAAAUGAUGAAAGCUACAUUGCGACCGCGUUCAGGGGGACAUUCUUCUUCUUCUUCUCCCGCAUUGCUCGCAAGUUGGAGUCUUCUCUUCAUUCUGGCCUCUACGGUUCUCCUGCUGGACAUGGUGAUGUCGUAACAAACCAUGAAAAAAAAAGGAAAAUAUGUUUAUCGUUGUGUAGCACAAAUGUGACGUAGCUUUUGUAUUACUAUGUCAUGAGCAUCGACCAAGCAUCACAUCCUUCACUUUGUCGUCAACCUUUUUAUGCAUAUCCGGAGCAACGCUCGAUAUUUGUACAGUAGGAGAAAAAAAAAAAAAAAAAAAAGAGAAGAUGAUUUCUGAACUUUGAUCGAUACAAUCAUUCAUAAGAGUUUAGAAUUCUGCAUCCUCAAAGCAUGCGGAGAAAAAAAGAAAUGAAACAUGGUGUACAGUUAGUACUUGGAGGUGUUUCUUUUCUUGUUCCUCUCAUCGUUGCAGCUGGUGAUGAUGCCGUUGUACAUUCAUAAAUCAUUCCUCCCUCCCCUCAUGUCGUCUCAUUUCCAAUCCCAAACUAUCACCCCCACAAGGCUUUGUGUGCUGGCUGGUGUGGUAGCGUUUACCGAUGAUCCAACAGCAUAACAAAAACAUCCUGCGGAAACUCAAAUGGAUUAGAAAAACGAUGUCAUCAUUCGAAUGUCCUUCUUCCUUUUAAUGCCAAUUUACGUUCGUUGUACAUGCUUUUUUUUUUUUUUAAAGAAGCAAAAACAAACAGCAUGUGAGAGUGAGAGAAGGAAGUCCAUCCUCAUUAGUCCUAUGCAGACAGCAAUGCCGGCUGUGUUAGGAAACGCGUCACGCUCGGUGGCUUGUCGGAUUGACGGGACAGGCCGUUUUAAUCGUGUACAAAAAAUCAUCAUCACAUCUCCUCUACUCUCCCUUUGUGUUUGUGUAGAACUUAUUCUUCUUGUUCCCUUGUUAUCCUUGUAAUAUAUCAAAACCUAUUUAUAUCGCCCCGGUUGGUGGUUGCGGCGUUGAUGGGCUGUUACACAAAUUGAGGGGAGCGGCAGCUAGCGCGAAGAGGCUAAGAAAAGAGCCGGACCCCCGCACAACAUUCGUGCGGUGGCAGCCAUAGGACGGCCUAAAGAAAAAUAAAAGCUGGGGAGUGCUGGAUCAUCGAUAUAAUAACGUCACCGAAAAAGAAAAAAAAAAAAAAGAAACGGCCAUCUUUCAUCAGUUGAUUGCUUUUACUCAGUGACUGGCGGAGACGGACAAACAAUAGCCCCGGCCGCUCCUCCUGCUGCCGCGCGUGCUGGAGGGGAACGAACAAAAGGCGAAGAACGAAAAAGACGUUUUCGAAAAGUAUAAUAUAUAUUUAUAUAUAUACAGUAUAUAUAUAUUAUUUGCUGCUGUGUAGAUAGACGAAGAAGAAGCGAAAUUCGAACAAAUUCCUGUACUUUUCUCCCCUUUAUUUUUUUCUUGUUUUCCGUGCCAUUCUCUUUUUUUAUUUUUAUUUUUUUUUCCCUCCUACCCGUUUUCUUUGUUGCUAUUCAGUCGAGAUGGGAAAGUUCAAUCCAUUAGACCGCAUCGUCUGUAUUAUAUAUUGUACAACUCUUUAUAUGGCGUCUUUAUAGCGAAACCAAAUUGUAUGGAAGAAA